AUGACAAAUAGGAGAUCACAGGGCAACCAAGAAGCAAGCAGGAGAUCACAGGGCAACCAAGAAGCAAGCAGGAGAUCACAGGACAACCAGACGACAAGUAGGACAUCACAUGGCAACCAGAUGACAAGUCGGAGAUCACAGGGCAACCAGAUGACAAGUCAGAUAUCACAGGGCAACCAGGUGACAAGUCGGAUAUCACAGGGCAACCAGGUGACAAGUCGGAUAUCACAGGCCAAUCAAGCGACCAGUAGGAGAUCACAGGGCAACCAGAUGACAAGCAGGAGAUCACAUGGCAACCAGAUGACAAGUAGGAGAUCAGAAGACAACCAUUUGACAGGUACAGCGUGGGACGAACACAUUCAGACCACAGAAUGUCGAGGACCACCAACGGACAAAUCUGGCACAAGAGGCUGA